AUGCAUCAUGAGAACGAGACCGCUCCGCUGUUGGGGCCGCGCAGGUCCAGAUCGCCAUCUCUGCGUCCGCAGAAACCUCACCUCGCGACUGUUUUCUUAUCCCUGUGCAUCUUUUUCUUGUCGGGAGCUAGUGCGAUGAUUCAAGUUCCCUUGACCCAGCUGAUGGAAGACAACUUGUGUGACCGGUAUUUGGGUGAAAUUGGGAGACAGAACUCCUUAAUCGACAGAGCGAUAUGCAAGGCCGACGGGAUUCAAUCCAAGCUUGCAUAUAUGAAUGCUUCAUUUGGAGUGAUAGAGUCCGUGACCGGUCUCAUUGCUGCAUUCCCAUACGGUGUCUUGGCUGAUAGGCUCGGUCGCAAGCCGAUCAUCUAUUUAUCAACCACGGGAACUGCGCUAUACCUUGCUUAUGUUCUGGCUAUUCUGAAGUUCUCGGAUCUUUUCGCGAUCAAAUACGUCCUCUUGGGCCCGCUACUCACCUUCAUUGGUGGUGGAAGCACUGUUAUCAACGCCAACCUAUAUUCUCUGGCUUCAGAUCUGGUGCCGGACACAAAUAUGUAUGCUAUAUGACUCGUCUGGAGGGCUUCAGGGUGCCCUAUAAGUAAAUUCAAGUCCAUCUUGUUUUACUUUGGUCUGGUCCUCUUGGGCAGGCAGAGGCCUAUCAUGAUACACAAUACCUUACUUUGCGCGUACUUUGAUCUGGCUAUAUGGCCAUGAUGCUGUUGA